AUGAUAACAAACAACCACACCGAACACACUCAAAAAGAUUCCUACUAUUCGUCUAUAUUUGAUGACUAUGCUAGAACAAACUCUCCUCCAAACGACGGAUCACGGCUAACGGUCAACUCGGCUUGGACGCACACGCAAACAGCAGCUAGACGACGACCUUCACUAAACGUAACCCGUACCCGUGAUACUGAUUACAGUAUUAGGAGACAACCCUCGUAUGACUUUCCUUCUUCGUCCUCGUCUUCUCAUAUAUUUCAUAAUCCAGCUCAUAAACCAAGCCCAUUGAGUUCGUCUUUUACUAAGGGUCAACGCGCACACUCGCAAGAACCACCGAGUCCAGAAUACGUUCUCUCGCAAUACUACGAAGGCCGCGAAGAUAAAGAUCAAAAUCCAAAGAUAUCAUCUGCAAACGACUAUUCCGACAUUCGCGGACUAUGUGAUAAAGUAGAGCGUAGACACUCUGAAGACGACAAUGUCAACAACUUGGCUAUUCCGUCAUACGGUAGACUAAGCAGAUCCCGCAAUCGAUCGCCAUCUCCAUCUGGGAGCAGUAUUGCUGAGACAAGAUGUUCAUCACUAAGCAGUUUCGAUGGCGACGAUGUUCUUCAGUCGCCUAAUUCUAUAGCUCCUAGUUACCUGUCUCGCACUCUGGAAAGAACCCCAUCCAGCACAUCCAUGACGAAUAAUGUGUCUAAUUUCAACUAUGGAUUUGUGAACGGGGCUGGCCGGAACAGCGAUAGGGAUCAGUAUGGAUUCAAGAAAUCGUAUCAAUGGAUAAGUCGAGAGAAGUAUGCAGAAUUUGAAGCAGUGUAUUCACGUAUUCAAGCAAGACGUAAAAUCAAAUGGGAUACACUGUUGGCAGAAAACAGUGGCUUGUUUCCCAGUAGGAAUAGCAAAAUAAAGAGAUAUAUUAGGAAAGGUGUUCCGCCUUCUUUGCGCGGACAGGUAUGGUUUCAUUACAGUGGUGCCGAAACAAAAAUGAAAGUUCAUCCUGGUUUAUAUGACAUGCUCGUAAUGAAAUCAUUGGACCCAAAAACACAGAAUGAAUACGCAGAAAUCAUUGAGCGCGACCUCCAUAGAACAUUUCCCGAAAAUAUCAAAUUCAAAGCAACCACAGAUGUUACAGACGAUCCGUCAUCAACUCUUGCGACCGAAAAUGUUCCCAUGAUUCAAUCACUCAGGCGUGUUCUCGUUGCCUUCUCUUUGUACUCUCCUAAUAUUGGAUACUGUCAAUCUCUUAAUUAUAUUGCUGGUCUGCUUCUUUUAUUCAUGGAGGAAGAGAAAGCUUUUUGGACUCUUGUUACAAUGAUACAUGAUUACCUUCCAGAAAAUAUGUAUGAUGUUACAAUGGAAGGAUCUAAUGUAGAUCAGGCCGUAUUAAUGAUGUUUAUAAUGGAGAAAAUGCCUCACAUAUGGAAUAAACUGAGUGGCGGAUUUGGAUGGGAUAUGGAAAAGUUAGAUGGGAAUAUGCCUAUCAUAACUCUUGUGACGAGCCACUGGUUUUUGACUUUGUAUAUACAUAUCCUUCCCAUAGAGACGAUGCUAAGAGUUUGGGAUUGUUUCUUCUAUGAGGGAAAUAAGGUCCUCUUUCGGGUGGCAUUGGCGAUCUUUAAGUCGAAUGAAAAUAAGAUUCUUGCUGUUGAAGACGCAAUGGAAGUCUUCCAAACAGUACAGAACAUUCCUAAAGGCAUAAUCGAUUGCCACAAGCUGAUGGGGAUAUGUUUCCGUCGACGGAAAGUGGGUUGUGAUAUAACUCGUAAAGAGAUCGAGAGACGUCGCAAUUUCUUCCGUGAAAGACGGAAGAAACGGGUUGAAACAAUGCUGUACAGGAAAUGA